AUGCGUACAAUCACUCUUCUGCAAUUUCUACCCCUCGUCCCCGCUGUGCUGGCCGACACGGUCCAGUACCCUGAGAUUGUCCCCGGGCCCGGGCUUCCCAGCCUGGCAUCUCUGGGUCUCACCUCAGAGCAGUUGUAUAAGAUGGAGUCGGUCUCACCUAGUAAAGUCAACAAAAGAGCAUCAUUCGCCCCCAACUAUGUCCCCUUUUGCGAAUCCGAUCAACGGGCCCAUACCCACGUGGAUGGUCUCAGGAUGUGCUAUACUUAUCUGAGCUAUAUUGGUGCGCGGGACUGCACGGUCCCCAGUGGCUUCAGGAAGGCCCUAUACUGUAACGCUGGUGACGCUCACAUUAACGGGCUGUCUAUCAAUGGCAGGAGCCAGACAUCGUCUUGCGCGAGCGUUGCCGGCGCCCUUGGCUGGAUCCUUGACAACUGCAAGCUCCCCAACAACCAGAUCGCUGGCUCUCAGGCUGUUUCUGGAAAUGCUGAUAUUAUCGUUACUGGUAUGAGCUCUAGCUUUUCUUGUUAG